AGAGCCGGGCGGGGGCUCACCUGCGUCCUUCCUUCGCUGGCUCCGGCUGCUCUUCUGGGCGGACGGAGAAGGAGACUGGAGUGAAGGAGGGCGGCCAUGGCAGCAGCAGCAGCAGAGGGCCGGCUCUGGCUCUGGCUCUUCCUGGGCUCAGGACUGGUGUCCUCCAUCUUGGGUCAGACCACCGUCGUCGAAACCCCCGAGAACCAGCCGGUCAACUUGCCUUGCAAAGCCUUGGCGUCGCAGGGGACCCCGAAACGCCAGGAGUGGAAGUUCCAGAGAGAUGGCACCACGGUGUUGUUCUAUCAUGACAACCAAUUCACUGACGGCUACAAAGACCGGGCUGUUUUCUACCCAAAUGAGAUCUACCUGAAGUCAGCGACGCGCAAAGAUUCGGGCUUGUAUACCUGUGAGGUGCUUGGCAACUCCUUCUCUCAGUCGCAGGUGGAGCUCAUCGUCCAAGUCCCACCAUCCAAGCCCAAGGCCCAUGUGCCGUCCGUAGUGACCAUUGGCACCAAGGCUGUCCUCACCUGCGUGGAGACCGAUGCCAACCCUCGCCCGACCUUCAAGUGGUUCAGAGACAACGUCCAGAUGCCCACAGACCCCAAAACCAGCACCUUGUUCAAGAACUCUUCCUACUCCCUGGACGACAAAACCGGGGUGUUGACUUUCGAACCCGCGACUGCCUUCGAUGCCGGGGAUUACUACUGCGAGGCAGAGAACAAAGUAGGGCUGCCCCAGAAGUCCGAUGCAGUGCUCAUGGAGACCAGCGAAGUCAACGUUGGGGGCAUCGUGGCGGCCGUGGUGGUCCUUCUCAUCGUCUUGGGGCUGGUCAUCUUUGGCGUCUGGUUUGCCUACAGCCGGGGAUACUUCAGCAAAAGAAGAGACACCUCCAAUAAGAAAGUCAUUUACAGCCAGCCUUCCAACCGGAGCGACGGCGAAUUUAAGCAGACGUCGUCUUUCCUGGUCUGAGUGAUGCCCUGCUCCUGCUUUGGGACCUGUAUUCGAACCCGACUCUUCCUUCCUCCAAAGCGGUUGUAAAUGUUCUUUGUGGAUCUUUUGUAAUUAAGUGUGAUUUUAAAGCUGCAAUUUGUUGUUUUUUUAAAACGAGAUUUUAGUGUAAAUGUUAUUUUUAUGUAUUAUUGGUUCAGAGCAAAUGCCUUAAAACCCUGCCUCUCCCAGGUUCGGUCCCAUAAAGGGCCGGACCAUUUUGGCUGCUAUCAUCACUCAACGUUUGGCUCCUGUUCCCAAACUUUGGAUCCUGUGGCCUUGUGAGAUGUCGACGGCGCCUUCAGCAAAAUGGGGACGGGUUGUUGUUGUGAAACCCCUACACAACCUGCUUCUGCAAUGGGGUGCAGUUGUGUUACCGACUUACAUUUUCCCCCAAACAAGAAGGGAACUGGUUUGCAAUUCAGAAGCUGGAAACAGAGGGAUAAAGCAUGUCCAUCCGGCUUCUUUUUAAAAGGUACAUUUACAAUUGGUCUUCCAGCUCAUGCACUAUGCAUUUUAUUCUCUAAUGGGCCAAAAUUGCAUGAUGCAACAUGGAUGUUUUGCAGUCCCUUCCGAAACCCAUGGGCAUCAAUGCGCCUGUGUCUUGGAUUUUGGCAUGUUUUGGACUCCAGGGUAGAAAAGCUUUUGCCCUCCAGAUGUUUAGCCCACAACGUCUGUCAUUCCCCAAAUAUCUGGAGGGCCCCCAAUCCCUGAACCCAGCCCCAAAGCUCUCAUUGUGUCCCCACUUGUCUUAAACCCGACCUCAUUACCUUGUGUGACUUUAUAAAUAUGCUGCAUUGUUGUCGUUUGUAAUUUUAUAUGCCGGACACAGGACGAGAAAUAAAAGUUUGUGUCUCUUUCA